AUGAGUUCCCCAUCCGACAGCCUCCCUCUGCGGGCGAACAUGUUUGUUGAUGGAGAUAAUGCGCUCUUGCUGGAGGAGGUGCGGGAGAUGCCCAAGGACCAUGUGCUCUGGUCCUUCAUCUGUUGUCUGUACUUCAACCCGUUCUGCCUGGGACUGGCUGCUCUCAUCUACUCUGUCAAGUCGCGGGACAAGAAAGUGGUGAAGGACAUCGAAGGCGCUCGCAGCUACGGAGACACGGCGAAGACCCUGAACAUAAUCUCCACUGUACUCGUCUGCCUUUCCAUCGUCAUCGCGAUUAUUGUCGUCGCUGUGGUGUUAACCACGGCUGCAGCUGCUUUCAAUAAAAGUUCGUACAAUGGCUAUUACAGCGGAGACCGUUUUAGCGGCUAA